AUAACCAAACCAGCAAGAAUCUAUUGCCACAAAAUUUCUUAUAAUCCACCAAAAUCAUGAGCCUUCUCAAAAACCUCCCUACUGUUUUGUCCAUCCUUUACUUUGCUGCAUCAACCGUUAAUGCAGCGACCUUCAAUAUAAAAAACAACUGCCCCUUCACUGUUUGGGCCGGCGCAGUGCCAGGCGGUGGCAAACAACUCGGCACCGGCCAAACAUGGACGAUAAAUGUGGCAGCCGGAACUAAAGGAGCUCGCAUUUGGCCCCGAACAAAUUGCAACUUUGAUGGAGCCGGACGUGGAAGAUGCCAAACCGGUGACUGCGGCGGUCUCCUCCAGUGUCAAGGCUAUGGCCAGCCCCCAAACACCCUCGCCGAAUAUGCACUUAACCAAUACAUGAACAGGGAUUUCUAUGAUAUCUCUCUGAUUGAUGGCUUCAAUGUCCCGAUGGACUUUAGUCCUAUCUCUAACGGCUGCACUAGGGGUAUCAGAUGCACCGCCGAUAUCAAUGGACAGUGCCCGGCGCAGUUGAGGGCUCCUGGUGGAUGUAACAAUGCGUGCACUGUGUUCAAAACCGAUCAGUACUGCUGUAAUUCUGGUCACUGUGGUCCUACAGACUACUCUAGGUUUUUCAAGCAGCGGUGCCCGGAUGCUUACAGUUACCCUAAAGAUGAUGAAACCAGCACUGUGCUUUUUACUUGCCCUGGCGGUACUAACUAUAGGGUUGUGUUCUGCCCUUGAAGCAAUUAUGAGGUCAAGGAGGCAUAUGUAUACGUAUACGUAUACUGAUAUGUUUGUGAUGAAUAAGUGUUAGAGAUCGAGCUUAUAGCUUUGUGAUCAGCACACGUAAUGAUGUGCGUUGUUAUGUAACACAAGGUUUUAAUAAUCAUCCAAGCAAACUAUGCUUUCU